AGCUGUGUUGAGGCUGUUGGAGCAGCUGAUGGUGAAUCAGUGGAGCUGGUCUCAGGCUGAAGAAACAGGUUAAAUUUAGAGCAGAAGGUCAGAGCUGAGGAACACCAACAAACAAACGGAAGCCCCUCCAAACCAAGAACUGAUGAAAACUGGAUCUGCUGCUCUUCUUCACUCUGAUCCGUCACCAGCCUGACUCUGAAGAAGAAGAAAGAGGAGGACAACAAGGAGGACACGUUUGAAUUACAGAGAAGAACUCUGUAAUUCUGUGAAGUUUGGACCCAUCAAAAGCAGACAGAUGAAAACACGAUCCAAAGAAGAUCCAGUUGAUGGACACGUUCAGCCACCCAAAACCUUCAGGGAGCAGGUGCAGCAGCAGGAGGAGGAGGCCCCGGAGGUGACAAAGAGGAGGAGGAAGAGUCAAAGAGAGGAGAAGGACAGGACGGCUGGACCUACAGCAGCAAAGAGAACUCAGAACCCAAAGCCUACCGACAUGUCCAAGAAGAACCUGCUUCAGUUGCUGGGAGUCAUGGAAGGAGAGGUCCAGGCCAGAGAGGACAUUAUCAGGAUGCUGGAGUCAGACAGAACCGGACCUGAAGUUCUGGAGGCCCGUUAUGGCUUUGCUGUCCCCAGCAAAGCCCUGCAGGCCCUGCAGAGAGACGGCGUGCUGCUGCACGGCCGAUGCAGCACAGACGACGUGUACGAGGUGCCCAUCGCUGAGCUGGACCGUCUGGAGGACAAGCAGAAGGAGACGUACAGACGGAUGCUGGAGCAGCUGCUCCUGGCAGAGAAAUGCCACCGUCGGACCGUCAUGGAGCUCAGCAACGAGAAACAAAAACACGCUGACUUCAUGAACAAGAGCGACGACUUCACCAACCUGCUGGAGCAGGAGAGGGAGAGACUAAAGAGGCUGCUGGAGCAGGAGAAGGCCUACCAGACUCGUAAGGACAAGGAACACAGCAGGAGGCUGGAGAGGGUCCGAGAUGAGCUGGUCAAGCUAAAGUCCUUCACACUGAUGUUGGUGGACGAGCGACAGCUUCACGUCGAGCAGAUCGACCAGCAGAGUCAGAAAAUCCAGGAGCUUAGUCAGAAGCUGCAAGACAAGGAGCAGAGGCUGGCAGCUGUGAGCCACGCUGCUGAGGAGGAUGAGCAGAAGGUCCUGAAGCUGGAGGCCGAACUGGAGCUCCAACAGGCAAAGUUCAGUGAAGAGCAUGAGGACCUGACUGCCAAGCUGGUUGACCAGGAGUCCCAGAACCGCCAGCUGAAGCUGAAGCUCACCGGUCUGUCCCAGAAGAUCAAGGAGCUGGAGGAAAGCAACCAAGUCCUGCAGAAAUCAGAUGAGGACCUGCAGCAGCUGAGGGAGAAGAUCAGCAAAGGAGAGUGUGGGAACUCCUCCCUCAUGGCUGAGCUGGAGAACCUGAGGAAGAAAGUGCUGGAGAUGGAGGGAAAAGAUGAAGAGAUCACCAAAACAGAGAGCCGGUGCAGAGAGCUGAAGAAGAAGUUGCAAGUCGAGGAGAACCACAGCAGGGAGCUGAGGCUGGAUGUGGACAAACUCCAGAAGAGAAUGGUGGACUUGGAGAAACUGGAGAGAGCGUUCAGCAGGAGCCAGACGGAGAGCUCACAGCUUCACACAAACCUGGAGAAGGAGAGUAGGGCGGUGAAGGAGCUGGCCUCAGAGGUGGACCAGUUCAAAGCCCAGCAGAAGGAUCUGGAGACAUCAGAGUUGAAGCUUGAGAAAGCAGAGAUGAUCCUCAAAGAGGAUGUUGUGAAACUGAAAUCCUUCACGGUCAUUCUGGUGGAUGAAAGGAAGAAGUUAACAGAGAGGUUGAAGCAGGAGGAGCAGAAAGGUGAGGACUUAAGGAACGUGUUGAAGACAGAGCAGGGGAAAGUUACCGAGGUGACUGAGAAGCUCAUCGAGGAGAGCAAGAAGCUUCUCAGAUUAAAAUCUCAGAUGGAAGUCCACAUGUCAGCUCUCACAGAAGAGAACAAGGAGGUACAGAAGAAACUUGCAAGUGAAGAAGAAAAGUCCAAGGACCUGAACGCCGAGCUGAAGGUGCUGAAGAUGAGGAUGGAGGGACUUGAGGAAAUGACAUGGUCCAACAAAGACCUCCACAGAAACCCAGAACACGACAACAACCAAGUGAAGGAGCUCACGUUGGAGAUUGAGCGUCUCAGAGGCCGGCUGAAGCAGCUGGAGGUGGUGGAGGGAGAUCUGAUGAAAACUGAGGACGAAUAUGAUCUGCUGGAGAAGAAGUUCAGGACAGAGCAGGACAAAGCCAACACCCUUUCCACGAUGUUGGAGGAGAUGAAGAGUCAGAUAGCCAGGAACAAAGCCACGGAGAAAGGUGAAGCAACAAGUCCGAAGGCCGAGCUGAGAGUUCGCUGCAGGAUGGAGGAAGCCAAAACCAGGGAGCUUCAGAACGACAUCCAGGCCCUGAAGGAGAAGAUCCAUGAACUCAUGAACAAGGAAGACCAGCUCUCCCAGCUGCAGGUGGACUUUUCUGUCCUUCAGCAGAGGUUUGAGGAGGAGGAGGAGGAGAAGAAGAGCAUCAGUCAGGAGAUGGAGAACCUGACCAAACAACUGGAAGCUGUGAGGCGCUACAGUCGAGCUCUAAGGCCAGGCACGAAUGGCAGGAGGAUGGUGGACGUUCCAGUUAUCUCCACAGCGGUCCAGACUGACGCCAUCACCGAGUCGGCUGAAGAUGACACGACUGCAGGAUUCAUCCAGAAAUCGGUUCAGGAGGAGAACCAUUUAAUGAGCAACCUCAGGCAGCAGGGUCUGAGGAGGCCGAUGGUUCUGAACCGAUACCCUCCAGCUUUAGCAGAACUUGGAAUGAAAAAACCGUCAAUCCCCUGGAUGACCAAGAAGGAGGCCAUCAUGCUGACUCAGACCAUUCCUGAGAAGAACAGAGCUUCCACCUCUUUCCACCCGCCUGGAAUGACGCAAAGACCUGGUCCACCUCUACACAUCCGCGUGACCCCAGAUCACGGGACCAGCACCGCCACCCUGGAGAUCACCAGCCCACGAGCUGAGGACUUCUUUUCAAGUACUACCAUCAUCCCAACUCUCGGUCUUCAAAAACCACAGAUCACAAUUGUCCCCAAACACACAACUGUGACCUCAAAGACCAGAGGAUGUGGUGCAACAGGAAGCUUAGAUCCAUCCAAAUUUCCCAUCACAAUAACCGCCGCCUCCAGGACAAAAUGUCCAGAGGACACGAGAAACAGUUCUGGUGGCCUCCAGUCCCCAGUGUCCAUCAUCACAGUCAGCACCACCCCUGUAUCCGAGGCGUGUGAUGCGUCCAACCCUCAUGAAACCACCACCAGACACACCUUCAGGAUGACCUCCGACAAGCAACCAGAACCAGACAGAAAGUACAGUAGCAACAUCAUCACAACGGAAGACAACAAGAUCCACAUCCACCUGGGUCCUCAGUACAAGAGACCCUAUGAGGUCUGUGGAGAUCCCGUGGUGACACUCAGACCAGGACUUGGCUCAGAAACACCUUCAGGAACUUGCUCCCGGCGCCAAUCCUCGAUGGUGAAGGCCACUCAGAACAAAAUGACCAGCAGCUUAAUGAUCACACCGGUCAGCUCCAGCGGGUCCAGACCCACACAGACCGGGCUCAGUUCUGAUGUGGCUGGGAGCGCUGCCACACGGAUCCCUAUGUCCAGAGGUCCAAAAGCAGGUGGGACAACGGUUAUGGGCAUAUCAGCAUUGACGCAACUAGAGUCGUGCUCCAAAAACCAGGCGUUGACGAUCGAACUGAAGAAGACAACACCGUGCAGCCGGGACUCUGCAGCAGAGAGGAAGAGCUGAGGUUAACGAGGAAACGACUGGACUUUAACGAGUUAACUAGGAGACUUUAACAAA